AUGAGGAAAAGGCCCUCUCCGCAGAGAUCACUAGAAGGCUUCCAAGGAUACUCUUUCUGCUUAGGAAGGAAUACUCUGGAAAAACAGCUGUUAAUAGGUUAUGAAAAUGGCACUGUGGUAUUCUGGGACUUGAAAUCUAAAAGAGCAGAACUGAGAGUUUAUUAUGAUGAGGCUAUUCAUUCAAUUGAUUGGCAUCAUGAGGGCAAACAAUUCAUGUGCAGCCACUCAGAUGGUAGCUUGACUUUAUGGAACCUGAAAAGCCCAAGUCGCCCUUUCCAAACCACAGUUCCACAUGGAAAAAGUCAAAGAGAAGGAAGAAAGUCUGAAUCUUGUAAACCUAUUCUUAAAGUAGAGUACAAAACGUGCAGGAACAGUGAACCAUUUAUAAUAUUCUCUGGUGGGCUGUCAUAUGACAAAGCUUGCAGAAGACCAAGUUUAACCAUCAUGCAUGGGAAAGCAAUUACAGUACUUGAAAUGGAUCAUCCUAUUGUUGAAUUUCUAACUUUAUGUGAAACGCCCUAUCCCAACGAGUUUCAAGAACCCUAUGCUGUUGCAGUUCUUCUAGAGAAAGAUCUCAUCGUAGUUGAUCUGACACAAACCAAUUUUCCAAUCUUUGAAAAUCCAUAUCCAAUGGACAUUCAUGAGUCACCAGUUACAUGCACAGCAUAUUUUGCCGAUUGCCCUCCAGAUUUGAUUCUAGUACUCUAUUCUAUAGGAGUCAAGCAUAAAAAACAAGGAUACAGUAAUAAGGAAUGGCCAGUAAGUGGAGGAGCUUGGAAUCUCGGAGCACAAACGUAUCCAGAAAUUAUUAUUACUGGUCAUGCUGAUGGAACAAUAAAAUUUUGGGAUGCUUCAGCAAUGACACUGCAGAUGUUGUACAAGCUAAAAACUUCAAAAGUAUUUGAAAAGCAGAAGGUGGGAGAUGGCAAACAGACGUGUGAGAUUGUAGAAGAAGAUCCCUUUGCUGUUCAGAUGAUUUACUGGUGUCCAGAGAGCAGAAUAUUUUGUGUAUCUGGGGUCUCUGCAUAUGUCAUAAUUUAUAAAUUCAGCAGACAUGAAAUCACAACAGAAAUAGUGUCAUUAGAGGUACGACUUCAGUGCGAUGUUGAAGACAUUAUUACUCCUGAGCCAGAAACAAGUCCUCCAUUUCCAGAUCUCUCCUCUCAACUUCCUUCUUCAAGGAGUCUUUCUGGAAGCACUAAUACUGUGUCUAGUGAAGGCGUGACGAAGGACAGCAUCCCGUGCCUCAGUGUUAAAACACGGCCAGUGCGCAUGCCGCCGGGCUAUCAAGCGGAUCUUGUUAUUCAGUUGGUGUGGGUAGAUGGCGAGCCGCCUCAGCAGAUCACCAGCCUCGCUGUGAGCUCAGCAUACGGAAUAGUUGCAUUUGGAAACUGCACGGGAUUGGUUGUGGUGGAUUUCAUCCAGAAGACAGUACUGUUAAGCAUGGGGACCAUUGACCUCUAUAGAUCAAGUGACCUGUACCAGCGACAGCCCCGGUCUCCUCGAAAAAACAGGCAGUUCAUUGCAGACAACUUUUGCAUGCGUGGGCUGUCUAACUUUUAUCCUGAUUUAACGAAACGGAUCCGUACUUCCUAUCAGAGCUUAACAGAGCUGAAUGAUAGUCCAGUUCCCUUGGAACUUGAGCGGUGCAAGUCUCCCACUUCAGACCAUGUAAAUGGACACUGCACAAGUCCAACCUCUCAGAGUUGCAGUUCUGGAAAACGUCUUUCCAGUGCUGAUGUUUCAAAAGUAAAUCGCUGGGGUCCUGGAAGACCACCAUUUAGAAAGGCACAGUCAGCUGCUUGCAUGGAGAUAUCUUUACCAGUUACAACUGAAGAAACUCGAGAGAACUCCUAUAACCGCUCCAGGAGCUCUAGCAUCUCCAGUAUUGACAAGGAUUCUAAAGAAGCAAUUACAGCUUUGUACUUCAUGGAAUCCUUUGCACGGAAAAAUGACUCUACCGUGUCCCCUUGUCUGUUUGUUGGAACUAGUCUGGGAAUGGUAAUACUCAUCUCCCUAAAUCUACCAUCAUCAGAUGAACAAAGGUUUACAGAGCCGGUGGUGGUAUUGCCAAGUGGUACAUUCCUCUCACUGAAAGGAGCUGUGCUAACAUUUUCCUGCAUGGACAGAACUGGCAGUUUAAUGCAGCCUCCAUAUGAGGUAUGGAGGGAUCCCAAUAACACAGAUGAAAAUGAAAAAACCUGGAAAAGGAAAUUGGUCAUGAACUACUCGUCUUCAUCCCAAGAAAUGGGAGACCAUCAGUAUACGAUAAUCUGCUCAGAAAAACAAGCCAAAGUCUUCUCACUGCCGUCCCAGACCUGCCUUUAUGUUCACAACAUCACAGAGACAUCGUUCAUAUUGCAAGCAGAUGUGGUGGUCAUGUGCAAUAGUGCCUGCCUGGCCUGCUUUUGCGCGAAUGGGCAUAUCAUGAUAAUGAGCUUACCUAGCCUUCGCCCAAUGUUGGAUGUUAAUUAUUUGCCACUGACAGACAUGAGAAUAGCACGGACAUUUUGUUUUACUAAUGAAGGACAGGCAUUAUACCUUGUCUCCCCAACUGAAAUUCAACGGUUAACAUAUAGCCAAGAAAUGUGUGAUAAUAUUCAGGACAUGUUAGGCGAUUUGUUUACUCCAAUAGAGACACCGGAAGCCCAAAAUAGAGGCUUUCUCAAGGGACUAUUUGGUGGAAGUGGACAGACAUUUGACAGAGAAGAACUCUUUGGGGAAGCCUCAGCAGGAAAAGCAUCCCGCAGCCUCGCACAGCACAUUCCUGGACCGGGCAGCAUAGAAGGGAUGAAGGGCGCUGCUGGCGGGGUGAUGGGAGAGCUAACCCGAGCCCGGAUUGCACUUGAUGAGCGAGGGCAGCGUCUGGGUGAGCUGGAGGAGAAGACUGCAGGCAUGAUGACCAGUGCAGAAGCAUUUUCCAAGCACGCACACGAGCUAAUGCUGAAAUAUAAGGACAAGAAAUGGUACCAGUUCUAACCUUUUACCUUCUAAAGAAUCUGUGACUGCUCUGAGAAACCAGUAUUCAGGGAAACCAAAUUGAUUCCCAGCAUCACGAUUCAACUGCUAGAAACCAGUUUCUUCUACAAGAUGUUCCAUUAUAGUCCAUCUGAAGUUCUCGUAAAGGAGACUUCUCAAAGGCAAAAGCACUGCACAACAAAAGGCUGGAACCCUGGUUAAAAUCCCAAGAGAAUGGCCGAAUCUGUCUUUUCCCCACGAGGAAUGGAUAUUAUCAUCUUGGCAUGUAACUUGCUAAGAAUUCAUGUUUGGAAACUAUGGGGAGUCCUUUUGAUUUGAAAUUUCCUGUACAAACAAAAGCAUUAACGCGCUUAAUGAAAAAUUCUUUGCAUGAUAAAUUAACAUCUUAAGAGGAAAAGAAACAAAAGCAUGUUAUAACAGAAGAAAAGGAUUUAUGGUAAACUACUUUCACGAAUUGGGCCACACCCAACAAUUUUAAAAUCUGCAUUAGAAGAUAUCAGUGCAUUUCAAGUGUAUUUGCCCUACCCAACCGAAAGGAAUCAAAACAUACCCAGAAUUUUCUUCUCAUCCGAAACUCUCCUUAUUAUACUAGAACAUUACUGAAUUCUUACAUCAAGAAUCCGAUUAAUGUUUCUCUCUCUCUCUCUCUCGUAUUUCACAUCACUUACAGCUCUCAGUCAGAAUCAAGCAUUGCCAGUCUAGUGAGUAUUCCCAACACCUUCCUCUCCAUCUCUGCCACCUUCAAGAUGAAUUCCUAGUUUUAGUCAGAAACCAUGCAGGGUUGAUUCACCUCAAAGCAUUGGUUCAGCCUGGUUUACAUUCUCCAGAGGAGUUGGCAAUGGGUUUGCAGAAGCCAGACUAUAGGAACACUGCAGUUAGCUUUGAGAACUGAUUUCACAAAGAGUGGAAUUUCACACACCCCAAUUUUAGUUUCCAAAGCGAUAUAUUUUUAAAGCACCAUUUGUAUCCUUGUCUGCCAAUUACACAGUAUAUUACUGUUCAAACCCAAUAGGGUCUACAAUCCCAAGGUGCUUUUGCAGCCUGAUAUUCACAGACCAAACUGGUCAUUCUCUUCGAUGUGAUUCAGUAAAACCUCAGCUAAUGCUUUAGGGAAGAGAUUCUGACUCAUCGUGCUUCUGAUGCACAAGGGCUUUCAUUAGUAAACGCUUUGGGGCUCAGCACUUAUUACUGGAAACCCUUAUACAAUGUAGAGCUGUUUUAGCUAUCUUGGCCACAGUCAUCAUCAUGGGUAACACAAAUCCAGAGAUAAGUUAAUGACAUAAAAUCAAUAGCUUUGUCACUAGACUGAAUAAUGCAAGUCAUAGGAAAGUGUCAGUAAAUAUCAAAUGCCUUCUAAAGACUCUCGGGAGUUAGAGCCCAGCUCUGAGAGUGAUAAAAUGACCCGUCACAACCUAGCAGAGAAACACUGCAAAGAGGAGCAAAGGAAGACUCCUAUCUGCUCUGUUGAACAUGCUUGGAAGUCAGAGUCACAGGACUCCCCUGGAAGGAUGCUGUUCCUGUUUUUAAAAUCUUAAAUUAUGUGAUAGACUCAUUGGGGUUUGAAGUCCUAUGGGUUUACAUUUGUGUUUAAGACAUCGGCAUUUCCUUGAAUCCAACUUAAUAGACAAAUUUAUUCUUUUUAUUGAUCUUUUA